GAUAAUAUGUUGUUUUUGUUGCAGAAAGCACCUUAAGAUGAACUUCAGGGAACUGCUGCCCAUUUACAUUUCGUUCUCCUCUUGGGUUUGCUUAGCUGUAGCUUUGACGAAACCUGACUUUCGUUAUAUAUCACGGAAAGAUUUGCAACAGUCCAUAAAAAGCUUCUCUUUGGAGGGGAUGGACCAGUACUCUCAAAUAAUGUUCGACGUUGCUCGAGAUCAAAUUAUUAUUGGAGCCAGGGACACGUUGUACAAAAUGCACUUAUCAAAGGUGGAGUUGUUGGAAGCUGUGAAAUGGGAAGCGACCCGUGAAAAGCAACUGUCGUGCAUAUAUAAAGGGCAGGAUGAAGGCACUUGCCAUAACUUCAUCAAGAUUCUCUUGACAAAUGGCCACGAAAUAUUCGCAUGCGGAACCAAUGCCUUUUCCCCAAUAUGCUCUUGGAGAAAUAUUGAGGACUUAUCCAACGUUACACAACUGUUAGAUGGAGUGGCGAAAUGUCCGUACAACCCUGCAGCCAGCGUAACCGGAAUUCUAUCCCAGAGCUCCGAAUACUUUUUCGGCGGCACUACAGAUUUCUCCAGUUCGGACUCUUUGAUUUCAAAGAAUAUCAAUGGGGUCCCGUUGUUAAGGACUAAGCAGUACAAUAGUUUCUGGUUAAAUGAUCCUGAGUUCGUUGGAUCAUUUGAAACCACCCAGUUUGUGUACUUUCUGUUCAGAGAAACUGCUGUUGAGUAUUUAAACUGCGGCAAAAUCGUCUACUCGAGAAUAGCUCGCGUUUGCAAGAACGAUCAAGGUGGUCAUACGAUGUUGCGGGACAACUGGACCACUUUCAUCAAAGCCAGACUCAAUUGUUCUGUUAGUGGAGACUAUCCAUUUUAUUACAAUGAAAUACAAAGUGCACAGUAUAUUCCUGGAGAAAAUGUGGUUUAUGCGGCAUUUACGACUCCUGCCAAUAGCAUUGCAGGAAGUGCUGUUUGUGCAUUCAACAUGACGGCGAUAGACGAAGCAUUUAAUGGACCUUUCAAGCAUCAACAUGAUAUGGACAGUGCUUGGACGAGUCAUGAUGUACCUCAUAGGGAACAUUUGGAAUGCAAGCCUUUCCGGCACAGCAGCCUGUUAGAAACUUCCAGAUUUCAGCUUAUGGACAAUGCAGUUCAGGCAACCACUUUAGACCCUUUACAUAUUGCUAAUUUGGAAAGGUUUACUCAUAUUGCCAUUGACGUGGUGCAUCCUCAUAUACAUGUUAUUUACGUGGCGACUGAAGAGGGGUCCAUAAAGAAGCUAACUGCAAUUCCGCAUAUGAAAAUGGCUUGUGUGGUUGAGAUCUGGCAAGUAACUUCGAACCACAGACAUUCCAUAAACAACAUGCAGUUUCUUAAAAAAACCAAUUCUAUUUACGCCACAAUCGAAGAGAGUUUGAUAAGCAUUCAAGCUGAUCACUGCAGAAGGCAUUCCUCUAAGGAAAGUUGUUUGAAUGCCAUGGAUCCUUACUGUGGUUGGAAUGAAUUGGUGGAUGGGUGCACGACAGUUCCAGAGGGCGAUUCGCAUCAUAAGUACUGGAAACAGCUCAGUUUGUCAUGUCCCGUCCUGGAUACUCCCAUUAACGGAGGUAAGCAUAUUUCGCAUUUGAUUUAAAUUCUAUAUACUUUCCUGACUGUGUUUCCAG